AUGCCACUCCCCAAGUCCGAUUACCUGAGCGACUCAUGGAAGGAUGGCCUGUUCACGAACAAGGUCGUCUUCUGCACCGGUGGAGCGGGCACAAUUUGUAGCGCGCAGGUUCGGGCUCUCGUCAACCUAGGCGCCAACGCCUGCAUUGUCGGCAGAAACGUUGAGAAGACCGAGAAAGUUGCACAGGAUCUUGCCACAGCUCGUCCGGGUGCUAAGGUGAUAGGAAUCGGUGCUGUGGAUGUGCGAUCGUUCGAUAGUCUCAAGGCCUCGGUGGACCGCUGCGUAAAAGAACUCGGAGCUAUUGACUUUGUGAUUGCCGGCGCGGCGGGUAACUUCCUCGCCUCGAUCAACCAGAUCUCCGUGAAUGCUUUCAAGUCUGUAAUGGAGAUUGAUGUUUUGGGCUCAUAUAACACACUCAAGGCGACAAUCCCACAUCUCCUUGAAUCGGCAAAGAAGCAUAGAGUGGACUCGAAGUCUUUGAAACCAUCACCAGCAGGAACUGGAGGCCGAAUCAUCUUUGUUAGCGCCACACUGCACUACACGGGUGUCCCCUUCCAGGGUCACGUCGCAGUUGCAAAGGCCGGCAUUGACGCUUUGUCUAAUAACGUUGCGCUUGAAUACGGACCGCUAGGUGUUACAUCGAAUGUCAUUGCCCCGGGCCCUAUUGCGUCAACGGAGGGUCUGGACCGUCUUCUCCCAUCUGAUAAGAUGGAGAAGAUCGUCAAGUCGCAGCCACUCGGCCGGUUAGGCUCUGUUCGAGAUAUCGCCGAUGCGACUGUUUACCUAUUUGCGGACACUGGCAGCUAUGUGAGCGGCCAGAUAUUAGUCGUGGACGGUGCCAGCUGGCGUAUCUCUUCUAGCGUUGGAUCAGCGGACUACCCCGACUUCCUGCUGUCAGGCGAUACGUUCGAUAACGUGAAAGGAAAGAAGAAGUCAAAGCUUUGA